AUGGCUUCCCGGAAGGGACGCACGGUCUCCUUGAAGGGCAUCUCGCGUACCAUGAUAAUUCCUCCAAAGGUGCCCACGCAAGCGGACAGAAUACCCGACGAUCUACCUGACUUCACUCCCGGCGUGCCACUUAUACUGAAAAACACCCUCGACUUCCCAGACUGGGACGUUCAGGACCUCGUCGACUCUGACCUUCCACACCCGAAACAUGACCACAAGGCUUACACCAGAUGGCGGGAUUGCUCGAAAGCCGUGCAGUCGUGGCUGACUGGGCAGAUAUCCGAUGGAGUCCUGUUGAGGUUUAGAUUGACUCUUGGCAAGAAAGGCUUUGCCGAUGAAGCAUACAAGGUGAUAAAAAUGAUCAUACUAGAGCACGGUAUUGUGAGGUGUGAGAAUGUUGUGUAUGAUUUAGUUAAAAAGACACGUGCCGAUUAUUCAACUACAAGCCAGUAUGUUGAAGUUUUCAAAAGCAAUUACGUACUCGCCAAAGAACUCCAUUGCGGCCUACCUCCGUUUACCGCGUCGCUCUUGAUGCUGAGGGAGAUCCGUUAUGACUUUCCUGCCUGGGUGGCAAGUGUGGAGUAUGUAAUGCCUGUCUACGUGGGAAACACCUAUACAGACGAUGAUUUCUUCACUCUUUGCAGCGUCGCGAUCGAACUCUGUGCCGUGAAGCGCCUGCUAAGGAUGUCUCCACUCUCCGCUACUGGCGCCGUCACUGCUCCGCAUCCUGAAAACGAUGCUUGA